CGCACUAUAAACACACACUUACUCAUUCACCAACUUUCACACACUAUUCUCAAAUGGGUUGUUUUUGGUCUCUGUUUUUCACUGUUUCUCUCUUUCUCUGUCUCAGUUCCUUCGACGUUACCGUCGACGGAUCAGAUACCCAAACCUUCAUUGUAAGAGUCCGAAACGACUUGAAACCAUCUGUGUUCACGGACGUUAAACAGUGGUAUAGUUCAACUCUCCGAAGCCUAACCUCUGAAACUUUGAAAACCCAAGAAACCAAAACUGAUAAAGGUUUCCUUCAUGUAUACAAAACUGUCUUCCAUGGCUUCUCGGCCAAACUCACAGCCCGAGAAGCCGAAGAACUGAAGAGUCGGCCGGGUGUUCUGUCGGUCAUACCAGACCGAAUUCGGCAAAUUCAGACGACUCGGUCGCCUCAAUUUCUCGGUCUCGCUUCUAAUAAUCCUACUGGUUUGUUAACAGAGUCUGAUUCGGGUUCUAAUGUCAUAAUCGGCGUUCUUGACACCGGAAUAUGGCCGGAACGACGUAGCUUCAACGACGAAGGCCUCGGACCGGUUCCUUCUCGCUGGAGAGGAGUGUGUUCGGAAGGUGAGAAGUUUCCGAGAACGCUCUGCAACAAGAAGAUCAUCGGAGCUAGAUAUUUCACUGAUGGGUAUGAAGCAAGCGCUGGAAGUAUCAACAACACCACCGACAUUAAGUCGGCGAGAGACUCCGUAGGCCACGGCACUCACACGGCGUCCACCGCCGCCGGAAGGAACGUCCGGGACGCUUCCCUCCUCGGGUUAGCCAAAGGGGUGGCGGUCGGAAUUGCACCCAAAGCGAAAAUUGCAGUGUAUAAGAUAUGUUGGAAGAGGGGUUGUUUGGAUUCUGACAUACUAGCCGCCUUUGACAAGGCGGUGGAAGACGGUGUCGACAUCAUCUCCAUCUCCGUCGGCGGCGCUGCUCAGCCGUACUUCAUGGACCCAAUUGCCAUCGGAUGCUAUGGUGCAAUGGAAAAAGGCAUUUUCGUUUCGGCGUCAGCCGGAAACGGAGGUCCCUCUGCAACAACAGUAUCUAACAUAGCUCCGUGGAUCACCACCGUCGGUGCGAGCACGAUUGACCGAAAGUUCCCAGCCGAUCUUUUACUCGGAGAUGGUCGGGUCAUCACCGGAGCUUCACUAUACACUGGUAAACCUUUGCCCAAAAAGACAUAUUUGCCCAUCAUUCUCGCUAGUAAUGCCUCGGCGACCAGAGGUUUCACCGAAAACACCUGCGCACCGGAAUCAUUGAACAAGGAGAAAGUACGUGGCAAGAUCGUGGUUUGCGAUAGAGGCGGCGCUCCACGUGCCGUGAAAGGACAAGUUGUGAAGAAAGCUGGUGGGGCCGGAGUGAUCGUCGCUAAUGUUUAUCCUGAGGGUGAGGGUUUGAUCGCCGACGCACAUUUGAUCCCUGGACUCGCCAUCACCGAAUCAGCCAGUGAUACUCUUCGUCACUACAUGACCUCUUCGAAGAACCCCAACGCCACCAUGGUUUUCCGUGGUACCCAAGUCCGGGUAAAGCCGGCACCUGUCGUUGCCUCGUUCUCGUCAAGGGGACCCAAUACAGAAUCGGUAAACGUCAUCAAACCGGAUGUGAUUGCGCCAGGUGUCAACAUCUUAGCAGCAUGGCCUGAUGACGUGGCACCCACGGAGAUAGAUUCUGACACGCGGCGCACAGAAUUUAACAUAGCCUCGGGCACGUCGAUGUCGUGCCCACACGUGUCAGGCAUCGCCGCCUUACUCAAAGGGGCCCACCCUGACUGGUCACCGGCUAUGAUCAAGUCCGCCCUCAUGACCACCGCUUACAUGAACGAUCGCGAUGGUAAACCGUUACUUGAUGAAAGAACGUAUAACAUAUCGAAUGUGUGGGCCACAGGUGCAGGACACGUGAAUCCGGAAAUGGCCGUUGAUCCUGGUUUGGUUUAUGAUAUGACGGUAGAUGAUUAUGUGAACUUUAUGUGUGGGUCCGACUACAGUAAUGAUCAAAUAAGGCAAAUCACAAGGAGAUCAGUGAGCUGUAAGGUGAAGAAAUCUAAGCCGUGGGAUCUGAACUACCCUGCAAUAUCCGUAGCUCCUGAUGCAUCACGACCGUCUAAUUUGAAGUUUACAAUUAGAAGAACUGUGACGCAUGUUAGUGAUGGUGCAUCGAGCUACACAGCAACAGUUGUAAAUCCAAAAGGUGCAAUCGCGACCGUUAAUCCUCUGAAGUUAGAGUUCAAACGAAAGGGUGAAAAACAGAGUUACGAGGUUAGGAUAACAGCAGAGAAACAGCCACCAGGUGAGAUUUUCACCGAGUCAGGGAAGUUGACUUGGACAGAUGGCAAACACAAAGUCACUUCACCUGUAGUGGUGACGUGGCAAGAAUAGACACUUUGAUUAAAUUUUGAAUAGUAUAUGGGCAAUGUGUAUACAAAGUACUCUCUGUCAUAAAAGUUAAGACCAUAUAUUAAUAUAAUAGAGAGCUCAACUUAUUAAGAAACCUAA